GGCGUUUUAGAAAUCAGGAAGUAUUUGACAGCAACAAACAAUCCCUGUUUUGUUGUCUUGUAACCUGCUUUAGUAGAGAGUAUGCCACUGUCUCACUGUAAAGUUAAUGUCUUAUGUGAUAGUGAUGGUCAGGUGCCGCAAAAAGAGGAAUGCACGAGAUAGUUGAGAAACUUGAUAGUCUCUUAUGACAUAUGGAUCAUGCAGUGUGGAUCUCAUCAGAGAGUUAACUAAUGGUGACGUUGUAGCCAGCAAUCAGCUGUCAGUUUUGCUAGCUAGGUAAUUUUGAGUUGCAAUAAUGGUUAUUUACAGUGCCUCAAGCUAUGUUCUUUUAGGUUUGGCAAACCUAAUCAUCAUGUCUGCAUGUAUGGACUAUUGUGAUACUAUUGAAAGCAGUCACGGUCCUGCUGACACUAUGUCAGACCGACAACACUACAUUCAUGCUUUCAACUUCAACAAGAGUGUGGAGAAACACUUGCACGAUUUGGACCACUUCAAACUAUCGUAUAAAAAGCUAUUAGAAGCCUUCCCCCUUGACCAAGUGGAUGGCAUCUUUGUUCGCUCUGUGAAGAACUGCAUUUUUUCAGAGUCUGACCCAACCCCACUCAAAGGCCCUCUGAGACUUGCGGCUGUUUCAAAGGAGGUCAUUGAGGGAAUGUUGGAUCUAGAUGUUGCAGUGUCCCAGUCAGAGGUUUUCCUACAGUACUUCAGUGGUGGUAAACUUUUUCCUGGAUCCAGCCCUCUGACACACAGAUAUGGGGGUCACCAGUUUGGCUACUGGGCAGGUCAGUUAGGAGAUGGCCGAGCACAUCUCCUUGGUGAAUAUACUAGCAGAAAGGGUGAAAGAUGGGAACUCCAGCUCAAAGGCUCAGGAAAGACUCCAUAUUCAAGGUCAGGAGAUGGCCGAGCUGUGGUCCGCUCCUCAGUCAGAGAGUUCCUGUGCAGCGAGGCCAUGCACUUUCUGGGUGUUCCUACUAGCAGAGCUGCCAGCCUUAUUGUAAGUGAAGAGGAAGUGUGGAGGGACCAGUUCUACAAUGGGAAAGCAAAGAAGGAGAGAGGAGCGGUUGUCCUGCGGCUGGCCCCGUCAUGGUUCCGGAUCGGAUCAUUGGAGGUUCUGGCUAAAGCUAAAGAACUUGACCUUUUAAGGAAACUGUUGGACUUUGUGAUACAGGAGCAUUUUCCUUCCAUUGAUUCAAAUGAUCCAGGCAAGUAUUUGAUAUUUUACUCCAGGGUUGUGAAUGAGACCGCUCACCUCAUUGCCCAGUGGAUGUCUAUUGGCUUUGCACAUGGAGUAUGCAACACUGAUAACUUCAGCCUACUGUCUAUCACCAUUGACUACGGACCGUUUGGCUUUAUGGAAGCCUACAACCCAAAUUUUGUCCCCAACACAUCUGAUGAGGAGGGGAGGUACAGUAUCGGGGCUCAGGCCAAUGUUGGUCUGUUCAACCUGGAGAAACUCCUAGAAGCCCUAACUCCAGUGCUGACCAUAGAACAGAGGCAAGGGGCUGGGCUAGUACUGAAAAGGUACCCACAUAUAUACCGGAUGAGGUUUCACAAACUGUUCAAGGCAAAGUUAGAUUUACUUGGCGAGGAGGAGGAGGAUGAAUAUCUCAUUGCAUUUCUGCUUAAGCUGAUGGAGGAGACAGGUGCAGACUUCACCAUGACCUUCAGACAGCUGAGUGAAGCCUCAAUGCAGCAGCUCCACAGCAUGUCCAACUUACAGGUGAUGUGGGCCCUGCAGAACCUGGCUUCGCAUAAGAUGUACCCCGAGUGGGUCAGCAUGUAUCUGCAUAGAUUAAAAAGGCGGGGAGGUGAUUCUGAUGAGGAUCGUCAACACAGGAUGAGAAGGAUCAAUCCCAGAUACGUGCUGCGGAACUGGAUGGCAGAGUCUGCAAUACGGAAGGCUGAGGGGAAUGAUUUCUCAGAGGUGAAGCUGCUGCAGCGGAUACUGGCACAACCCUACCUCACACAGGACGCAGCAGAGGAGGCUGGUUAUGCAGCACAACCCCCAUGGUGGGCCCAGGGGUUAAAUGUCAGCUGUUCCUCAUGAGGGAUGCCUCUGCCCCAAUGACAGGACAUGUAUUCAGAAUGUGUUCAGUGCAAAACAUUUCUCUUGAACACAUCAUUCAGGAUAACCAGUAUCUGCAUUGUUUAGCAACGGAUGUUUGACUUUUCACAAUUAUCUUUCUAGCUAUCGUGGUGGAACUAUACAUUUAGUUCAGUGCACAAAAAAACAUUCAUGCAACUGUUGGAUGACCAGAACCUUGAUUGCUGACCUCAUGUGAUUCAAGAUAAAGGAAAGGGCACAGAUGCAAUUUUGCAAACACUCAUAAAAUUUCAUUCAUAAUACAGUCAUGCUGAGCAACAUAACCCUUUUAUUUUUUAGUGAAUAGUCUUGCUCCCCUCCAAGGCGCAUUUAAACAGUAAUACUCUAGCCUUGAGGAAAUGCUUCCACUUUUCAACCUCAUUCAUCCAUCACCAUACCAGUCUGUCUAUAUGUAUGAAAACUGCAUGUGUCUACAUUCUGUGGUUAAACAGAUAUGGGUCCAUUUUUUAAAAUAAUACCCUAUGACAGAUUAGAGUGAAUCUUAAGCAUUUGAGUGUAAAACUUAUUUUCCCUUUGCUAUUUUCAAAAUACACCCCGCCCCCCUAGGGAAUAGGGUGCCAUGUGGCCCUUUACCAGCAAAUGUUAUUGAACACAAGGUGUAUAGGUACUUUUUAGAAAGUACAAAUAAAAAGAGGGCAGAAGCUCCCUCUCACAGUCCUCCCAAGUAUACACAAUCAAAUGUGAGUAAUUUAUUGCUCAGAAUAUACUAAAUAAGUGUUUAAAUCACUAAGCCAUAAUUUGGUAGAGAGAACUUCCUUUUUUCCCCAAAAUGAGACACUUGUUGGGGCUUGGUUAAUCUGUUUAGGGUUUGAGACUCCCAGGAUGAUCUGAGGCAGGUCUGGGUCAAUUGAAGUCUCCAGAAAUUCAGAGAGGAUCCUAAAAAUUCCAGACCAAUAACUAUGCAGGUUAGAGAAUAGGACAAAGCAGUGGAGUAAUGUACCCUCCACAGCAUGACAUAUCACAUAGGGGAGGUAUCAGGAAAUAGCCUAUGCAGCUUCGUUUUGGAAUAAUGUCAUCUGUAAGAUCUUGAAAUGUAUCAGACAAGAUCUCAAGGUACUUGAGCAGGUGUGGCCAUCCUCCCAGUCUGCAAUAGAAAUUUCAGUGGCUAGUUCUUCCUCCCAUUUUACCUUAUUGGCAUCUGUUUAGGGUGUGAUUAUUAUUUGACCAUUGCUGGUCAUUUAAACAUCUUCGCCAUGUUCUGUUAUACCCGGCACAGCCAGAAGAGGACUGGCCACCCCUCAUAGCCCUGUUCCUCUCCAGGUUGCUUCCUAGGGAUUUUUUCCUAGCCACUGUGCCUCUACACCUGCAUUGUUUGCUGUUUGGGGUUUUAGGCUGGGUUUCUGUACAGCACUUUGAGAUAUCAGCUGAUGUAAGGGCAAUAUAAAUACAUUUGAUUUGGGUUAAAAGUCAGACGAGAUAUGUUUGGCUAUGUGGUUGGACAUAUUUUGAUACAUCCAUCAAACAUGGAAGGUAUAGCAUUUUCAAAUGUAGGUAGAUGUUUUAAGAGGAAUGUGUAGGUAUCAGAAAAAGUUUUCUGGGAAGAUUAUAGGUUCCCUCAGCAAAUCAGAGGCCAAGGUCAUGUGUGUAUUACACACCCUUAAAGUUGACACCUACUCAUUCCAUGUUUUUUUUAACAAUUUUCUACAUUCUGGAAUAGUGAAGACAUCAAAAAUAUAUGUAAGCAAGUGUUAAAAAAAAAUAUAUUCUUCAAACUAGCUACCCUUUGCACACUAUUGGCAUUCUCUCAACCAGGUUCAGGAGGUAGUCACCUGGAAUGCAUUUCAAUUAACAGGCAUGCCUUAAGUUAUUUUGUGGAAUUGCUUUCCUUGAGCCAAUCAGUUGUGUUGUGACAAGGUAGGGAUGGUAUACAGAAGAAAUCCCUAUUUGGUUAAGUCCAUAUGGCAACAGCGCAAAUAAACAGUCCAUUACUUUAUAACAUGAAAUACUUGGAAAGUUUCUUCAAGUGCAGUCGCAAAAACCAUCAAGCACCAUGAAACUGGCUCCCAUGAGGACCGCCACAGAACAGACCGAGUUACCUCUUCUGCAGAGGACAAGUUGAGUUGACUGCACCUCAGAUUGCAGCCCAAAUAAAUGCUAGAGUUCAAGAAACAGAACCAUCUGAACGUUAACUGUUCAGAGACUGCAUGAAAUCAGGCCUUCAUGGUUGAACUGCUGCAAAGAAACCACUACUAAAGGACACCAAUAAGAAGAGACUUGCUUGGGCCAAGAAGCAGGAGCAGACUAAACCUGUCGAAAUCAGUCCUUUGGUUGGAUGAGUUUGGUUCCAACCGCCAUGUCUUUGAGACGCAAAGUAGGUGAACAGAUCUCUGCAUGUGUAGUUCCCACUGCAAAGGAUGGAAGUCUGAUGGCACUUUGCUGGUAAGUCUGAUUUAUUUAGAAUUCAAGUCUGACGAAACCAGUGGUUACCACAACAUUCUAGUGAUAAGCCAUCCCAUCUGGUUUGCACUUAGUGGGACUAUCAUUUGUUUUUCAACAGGACAAUGACCCUGGCUGUGUAAGGGCGAUUUGACCAAGAAGGAGAGUGAUGGUGUGCUGCAUCAGCCGACCUCAACCCAAAUGAGAGGGUUUGGGAGGAGUUGGACCGCAGAGUGAAGGAAACAGUCAACAAGUGCUCAGCAUGUGGGAACUCCUUCAAGACUGUUGGAAAAGCAUUCAUCAUGAAGCUGGUUGAGUGAAUGCCACGAGUGUGCAAAGCUGUCAAGGCAAAGGAUGGCUACUUUGAAGAAUCUCAAAUAUUGAUUCAUUUAACAUUUAUGUUACUACAUGAUACCAUGUAUUAUUUCAUAGUUUUGAUGUCGUCACCAUCUCUACAAUGUAGAAAAUAGUACAAGUAAACAAAAACCCUUGCAUCAGUAGGUGUCCAAAAUUAACUGGUACUGUAUACACAUGUACACAGCCCUUUACUGUCCCCAUGGAGAAGCAAACCAAGCACUGUAGUCAAGUGUUUAUUGUACAUUUCAUAAAUAGUGAGUACAUACAUGGUGAGCUUUAAGAGUUAAUUCAGAAGUGUAGAGGAUAACAAUAAAAGUGCAUUUACUUCACUCGUUACAACGUGGAUGUGAAAAAUUA